AUGGCGGGCGAGGGGAUCGGGGUUCUGGAGCUGGCCAUGUGCCCGCCGCCCGUACAAGAGCGGGAUGCACUCCUGGCCCGGUCCAGUGUCCCUGGAGCUGGGACGCCUAGGCCCUGCGACCCUGCAGCCAGCCCCGGAACCGCUCCGCCUUCCUCAGAAAACACUGGAGAGAACCCUGCCUCCUGCGUUCUGAACGUGGAUGGCUGCGAGAAGGGCUCUGGUACUGGGGUAGGGACCAAAGGGAAGGCUGAGGAAGUGACGACUGAGGAAGACUCUGUAGCCGCGGAGGAGCCUGCGGAGGUUGGGGAGAAACUGGAGUGGGUCGCAGAGGCCCAGGCGAGGCUGAGGCCUCUGGACCUAGGAGCUCUCAUCGUGGACCCUCUAGAGGCCAUCCAAUGGGAGUUAGAGACCAUGAGUGCCCAGGCUGACCCGGCCCACCUCCAGCUGGCGCACAGGUUUGGGAGGAUGCGUCGGUUGCACCUAGCCCGUAGGAGCUUCAUCAUCCAAAAUAUCCCAGGCUUUUGGGUCACUGCCUUCCUGAACCACCCACAGCUAUCAGCUAUGAUCAGCCCUAGGGACGAAGACAUGCUUGGCUACCUGUUGAACUUGGAGGUACGAGAGCUCAGGCACACCAGAACAGGUUGCAAGUUCAAGUUCCUAUUCGGGAGCAACCCUUACUUCCAAAACAAGGUGAUAGUGAAGGAGUACGAGUGCAGGUCCUCCGGCCAUGUGGUGUCCAUUGCUACUCGCAUCCGCUGGCAUCGAGGCCAGGAACCUCCGGCCUUGGUGUACAGGAACCGGGACACCGUGCGAAGCUUCUUCAGCUGGUUUUCGCAGCACAGCCUCCUAGAAGCUGACAGGGUGGCCCAGAUCAUUAAAGAUGACCUGUGGCCCAACCCUUUGCAAUACUACUUGCUGGGGCAAAGGCCCUACAGAGCUAGACGAAGCCUUGCAAGAUGGCCAGCAGAAGCUCCGCCAAGGCCCUAUGGGUUCCAGUCUGGCUAAGUUCUGCUCAGAUGCUUGGUUUUUACAUAUGACUCUGGCUCUCUGCCUGUCAACCUACCUAUGUCUAGACCAGUGCUCUGCUGUCUACUUUCUCUUCUGUGAAUUCUGACUCCUCAGCAUGUUUAGUGGACUCAGAGUCAAGGCUGUGAUCUUCAUGCUGUUCUAUGUCAACAUCAUGUGAUUCUCAUACACCACUGUACUUAUAGCAGGCACCCAAUGCUAUGGAUUUGUACUGUCAUCAUGGGUAUGGCCUGGACCCACAUGUAAAACAUGGCCUUUCACUCAUUUGACACCAUUACCAACAAGGCUUCACAAGGACUAGUUCCUGUUGGAGGCCUAGCUCUUCAAAGCUAGGCCUCAACUAUGCUGCACCUGUCAAGUAUUGACUGUCUCAAACUGAGGUGUGUCACCUAGGAUGAAGUGGGUGCAUUUGGUCCUGGUGGUCAACCAGACUUGGAUAUCCCACGGCUCGAAGACUAUAGACAGAGCAGCUCCUAAUACCUGGACUAUGGAGGAUCUGUAACCUGGACAGCCAGGUGAUGAGACGUGGGCAAGGCCUAGGGCCGGAAGCAGUGGGCAGUGCACUACUACUGAUCGUACUUCUCAUCCUGUGUGUGUCCCUUUCAUAGUCUGCUGUUGGCUUGUGAAGACCCCUGUUGUACCCUACCUACGCCUGGACAUGGCCUUUUUGAGGAGUUCUACCUUGUCUACCAUCAUCCCUGUUGCCUGCUUUCAGCUAAGGAGAUACUGUCUUGAAUUUGCCUGUCUCCAGCGAGGAAGACUGAACUCUGAACGGACGGUGCUCUCUGCCUGCCUUGCUCUGAUUUCUCUAGCAAGGCUUAGAAUAGCCAGAGUGUACAGUGUCAGGCCAGGGCGGUUAAUCACUUCAUUUUACACUGUGUUCUUUUAAAGACACUUUAGUCUCCCCUUCUCCUCUGCCCCUACCCCUUGUGGGUUCCUAUAGAUGACAAGGUUAAGCUGCCCUGCCCCUCCGAGCCCCUUCCAGGUUGUAUGUCUCAUGGAAGGCCUUGCUUUCUGCUCCCUAGGGCAUGGAGACAGGAAAUGAUGGACAUGGAGAACCCUCAGGCUUGCUGGCUCGCUUUCUUUUGAUUCGCCAAUAUAUUUUGUAAAUUAGAAGAGAAACAUAAUAUUGCCACAUCUUGGCUCUUUUCUGGUCCAGUAAUGAGCUUGUAUGGGCAGGAAUUUUCCACUUAGAGCCUGUUAAAUAAGACCCACACAUUAUCAACUUCUCUGCCUUUACUGAAAACUUGAGUGUACAGGCCUGCUUGUGUUUAGUUGAGGACAUUUAUAAGGUAGCUUUGCACCUUAUAACUGCUCUGUACCGCUUGGAUAUGUGUGACUAUUUACUGUUGUUACUAAGUUGUGGCCUGGCACUAUAAUUUUAUCUUACAGAGUUUGAAUCCUGUGAUUUUGCAGGACUUAAGGCUGGGCAUUGUUACUGUGUACUGUGAGAGAAACCCCCAGAGGAGACCCUGAAAUGGAUGGUCUGGAUGCUUCUGGACUUCCUGAACCAUAUUACAACUGACCUGUUUCUAAAUGGAGAAAUAUUCCCAGGUGACUUUGUGCAGAAAGAAGAGAGUUUAUCUCCUACAUUUAUGAUAAAGAAUAAAAACCUUCUGAUCUGGCAAAAAAAUAA